AUGCUUAAGCCUGCGCAAGGAGUUUACAUUGCCUUCGAGGCUGUGAUUGCAGUGCUGGCUAUCCUGGGCAAUGUUCUGGUCAUUUGGGUCGUGAAGCUAAACCCAGCCUUUCAGAAGACCACCUUCUACUUUGUUAUCUCGCUGGCCCUGGCUGAUAUUGGUGUUGGCCUCGUCAUGCCACUGGCUAUCGUAGUCAGCUUAGAAAUCGAGAUCCACUAUUACGCCUGUCUUUUCAUGUGUUGUCAACUCAUGAUUUUUACUCAGGCCUCCAUCCUGUCCUUGCUCGCCAUAGCAAUCGACAGAUAUCUGAGAUUACGGCUGCUUACUCGGUAUAGGAUUCAAAGCAGUCAGAAAAAAAUCCGUUGGGCUCUGGCAGCAAUCUGGCUCUUGUCGCUGCUGGUGGGAUUUGUUCCGUUUGGAUGGGCAGAACCAAAACCAGAAAACUCUGAUUUCAUUAACUGUACCUUCACAAAUGUGAUAAAAAUGGACUACAUGAUAUACUUGAGCUUCUUUGCCGGAACCCUCAUCCCACUGAUUGUCAUGUGCAUCCUUUAUGCAAAGAUCUUCUGCCUCAUCCGCACAAAGCUGCAGCCCUGUUCAAUGAAUGUCAACGGGCAAAGGUCAUUUUAUAGGCAGGAGUUCAGAACAGCCAAGUCAUUGGCCCUGGUCCUCUUCUUAUUUGCUGUUUGUUGGCUGCCACUGUGCAUUCUGAACUGCAUCGAGCAUUUGGUCAAACGACCAAACCCACCUCUCACAUACGUGGGAAUCCUUCUCACACAUUCCAACUCAGUCAUGAAUCCCAUCGUCUACACUUUCAGGAUAAAGAAGUUCCGGGAAACUUGCACCCAGAUUUUAAGAACCUGUAUCGCGCACAAGGAUUCGGAAGAUGCUACAUCGCCCAGUCCAACUACAUCUGAACACUCAUAG